AUGGGAAAUUGUGGGAGUUCGAGAAAAAGAAAUUCACAACCACCACCACAUAUACAACCUCAACAAAUACAUCCUCCUGGAGUAAUUGUAAUUCCACAAAUUCCACAAUAUCAACCCCCUAAUUUCACUUCUCCCUAUGUCACAGCCACUCCACUCAUAACAACAUAUCCUACUCAACCACCACCGAUACUCAUGGGUUCACCAAUAGAAUAUACACCCCAAGAACAAUAUCCACCAGUGGAACCAAUUUAUGAUGAAGCAUAUAUUCCUAACCAAGGACAAGGUAAUGCUUAUUGUGAAAACUGUAAACAGAGAUUAGUAGAUUGUGAUCCCGAUGGUUAUGCUAGCGAUUUCUGCAGUGAUGAAUGUCGUCGAGAGGCAUUGGCAGUUGGUUUAUCCAAUCCUCCAUGUAUUCAAUGUAAAGAAUUUCCUCGAGUAAAAAGUUCCGAAUUUUGUGGUAUGCUUAAAUGUAGAAAUUUACCAUUAUGUUUAACUUGCAAGGCUAAACGUGUUUUCCCUCGUUCUCUUUGGUGUUCAAAAUUUUGUCGAGAUAGAACACCUAAUUGGAGGAAUUUAGUUAUUGAAAGAAGUAAUCAACUUUGUUUAUAUUGUAAUAGAGAUCGUGCAAUAUCAGGACAAGAUUUUUGUAGUAGUCAAUGCGAGAGUUUUGUUCAUAGUAACGCACCUUGUAUGCUUAAACUUCCGGCAAAUAGUCAAAAAUAUAAAGACGUUGCAAAACAAUUUAAAGAUGCAUGGAAACAUCCACAUAAACCUACUCCUGAAAUUAGUAAAGUAUGGAAGAUAUAUUGUACAGAAGCUUUAGUUUCCAGAUAUAGACUUUACCGAGAAGAAGUUGAAAAGCAGCAACAAUUGGCUGGCAAACCUUUUCCAAAAGGUGAUGGAAGACGGUUAAUGAGUGCAGGAAAUGAACAAAGAAGAUUUCAUGGAACAAAAAUAUUUGGUAGAGGAAUUUAUUUCUCUGGUACAUCAUCAAAAUCUGAUGAUUAUAAUGACGGUUCAUUAAAAGAUUUUUAUGGUGUAAGUUAUAAAGUAAUGAUAUUAAAUAAAGUUGUAGUAGGAAAAGGACAUCCUCUUACUGUAGAUAAUAUGACACUUACAGCUCCACCACCUGGAUAUGAUAGUGUAUUAGGAGAACCUAGUCAAACUGGAAAUUUAAAUUAUGAUGAAGUAGUCGUGUAUAGAGAAGAGGCAUCAAUCCCUCAGUAUUUGAUUGUUUAUAAAGCACAAUAA